AGGUUCGCUUUACGGCAGCGCCCGCCGGCGGCAGGAGGAGCGCGCGCGGGCCCGCACGUGUCGCCAUGAAGCGGCCCAAGCUGAGGAAAGCCAGCAAGAGGCUGAGCUGCCACAAGCGGUACAAGAUCCAGAAGAAGAUCAGAGAACACCACCGGAAAGUCAGGAAGGAGGCCAAGAAGCGUGGACACAAAAAGCCCAAGAAAGAUCCCGGUGUUCCCAAUGCUGCACCGUUUAAGGAGCAGCUUCUACGAGAAGCAGAGCAAAGAAAGCAGAGGCUUGAAGAACUAAAACAAAAGCAGAAGCUCAACAGACAGAAAGAACAUGAAAAGAAGAGGAAGCUUGAAGCUAAAAAGAAUGCAGCCAAAACCAAAGAAAAAGCAGAGGGAAAGGAAUCUUCUAGCAAGUCUAAAGCAAAGACUAAGAAACUGCUGGAUAAAAAUUCAAAGCAAUCAUUUUGCAGGGAGCUCAACAAGGUGAUGGAGGCCUCAGAUGUGAUUCUAGAGGUUUUAGAUGCAAGAGAUCCAAUGGGCUGCCGGUGUCCUCAGCUGGAGCAAGCUGUAACUUCCUCUGGAGGAGACAAAAAGCUCCUGUUGGUUCUAAACAAAAUUGAUUUAGUGCCAAAGGAGAACUUGGAGAAAUGGUUGAACUACUUGAAGAAGGAGUUCCCAACAGUUGCUUUUAAAUCAGCAACACUGAUGAAGGACAAGACUAUGCAGCAACAGUUCACCAAAAGACGUGCACGUGUUGAUAUAGCACUGAACACUGAACGUUUUGGAAGCAAAUGCCUUUUGAAACUACUUCAAGAGCACGUCAAGACUCUAAAUAAACCCAUUCAGAUUGGAGUAGUAGGUUUCCCUAAUGUGGGAAAGAGCAGCAUCAUCAACAGUCUGAAAGGAGUUCGUGUUUGCAAUGUUGGCCUGACAAGAGGUGUUACCAAGUCCAUGCAAAUUGUGCACAUUGAUAAACAGAUAAAGAUGUUAGACAGUCCAAGCAUAAUUGCAACUCCUUCCAACAAUGCCCUGGCUCUGGCCUUGAGAAGUAUCAUAGACAAUGAAGAAUCAGGCUCAGCAGAUGUGCUUGAAGGAGUAGAUGCCAUUCUAAAUCGCUGCAGUAAACAGCAGGUAGUGAUGCACUACAGCAUGCCAGAUUUCAGGAACACUGAGGAGUUCUUAACUCUGCUUGCCCAGAAAAGGGGUAUGCUGAAAAAGGGAGGUGUUCCUGACAUAGAGAAUGCAGCUAAGUUACUACUUUGUGACUGGACAGGAGCUAAAAUAAGCUAUCACUCACAACCUCCAGGAUCUCAGAAACCACCACCCUAUCUUACAGAAGACAAAAUAGCUGAAAUGCAGGCCUGCUUUAAUUUAAAGAACCUUGAAGAAGAAAACAACAACACUAUUCAAGCUUUAAAAUACCCCAGUCCUGCAAGUAGCAUCAUUUUCCAGUCACCUGGUAUGACAGAUGGGACAAUAGAGGAAAAUAAAGUGAUAGAGGAGGCAUCAGAGUGGGAAAACUUGGAAACAAACAUGGAGGAAGAAGAGGAGGAAGAGGAGGAGGAUUUCACAGAAAGUGACGAUGAUCAAGAUGAUAUGGAAGAAGAAAACAAUGAAAAAGAGGAAAGCAAAGCUCAGGUUGCCAGGAAAGCAAAGCUUGGAAAACAACAAACAAGCCUUACAAAUUCAGAAAAGCAGAUAGCAGAUGAGCAUUCCACUUCACUAUCACUCAGCCUGGAUAAGACAGCAGAUGAAGAUGAUGCCUAUGAUUUUAAUACAGACUAUGUUUAAUGACAUGUGUGAAGACAUAGUUUGGAGGCUCUUGUUACUGGCUUCCAGAAAAGUCAUGAAGACUUGUGUAGUAGCAGAAGUUGGAAGAAUGCUGCAUACCAGAGCUGCUGAAAAGAUUAACAAUUAUUGCUGUGUCAAAUAAUGUACAUUAAUAGUGUAUCUGCUUUCAUUGUUCCAGAUUUUAUUCUAGUCUGUGUUCAGCUUUAAGUCCUAAAUUUUGUCCUGUAUUUAAAAAGUCUUAUUUUAAAAAUUUGUAAUGGACUGAGUUAAUCUGUUCACUUUACCUUAUGAAAAGACAUUUCAAAAGGAUAAACCUUUUAUCAUUUUCUUUGAAAAAGAAUGGCAAGUAUUUAAUUCUAAUCACACUCAACUAAAUUUCCUUGCAAGUUUU